AUGGUCGGCUUCCAUCUCCUUGGACUCGUCGUAGUCGCGCUCACGAUCCAAACCCCCUCAGCGCUAGCAACAAGCUUCGACACUGUGUGUCGAAGCGCGGCCGACACUCAGACCUUACUAACGACCGUGGGUGCUGGCGUGCUUCUGCUAUCAUUGCCGGUUCUCUGUGUUUGCGAACUGACUCCCGUGACCUCGUGAAAAUAUUCCAUAACAUGCUCACGUGAAAGGUUAGAUGAACUGUGCGACACUAGCUAAAAACCUAGGGGCAAAGGCACUGCAAGCUGACAGCACAUAUUCCAACGCGUGCGCAUGUGGAAACGAGAAAUGGUGGAGUGUGUACAACGAUUGCCUCAAAGAUGGUGCGUGCUUGCUUCCUUGAAGACAUGAUGCGACUUUUGGUCUAGACAAUUGCUUACACAUCAUAUUUUCGGUGUCCUCAUCCGCACUUCAGUGAAAGAUUCCAAAUGGCAGACCGACAUCGAACAGGACAGGACACGUCGCUGCGAGCAAUGCGGGACACAGUACGGCGGUGAGCCUUUUUGA